GGUUUUAUUCUGAAGGUGUCUAGCAUCCCUGAAGUAAACAAAACAAUAGAAACGGCACCAGAGAAUGGCAAACACCUAUGUCACUACAUCUGAUGGGUACUAUCUGGCUGAGCCCACACAGUAUUAUGAUAUUUUGCCAGAACAAAUCCAUUAUCCGUUGUGUGACAUGGAUUUCCAAGAACCACCCUACUGCCAGUACUCUGCUGCUCAGUUCCCCCCAACAUUACAGCCUCCAUCUUUACAAAGCCAUCUCAACACAUACGGCUUGGAUCCACAGUACAGCAGUGGUAGCUGGUGCGGACUCGAUGCUCCUGAGUCAAGUCAGUCCACUUACGUGGUUGUUCAUGAUGGUGAAGACGGAUUCCCUGGGAUACCAAGGUCCAGACCAACGUGUUCUUUACGCUGGAAGGGACAAGAUGAGCUGUGCAUGGUCUGUGGUGAUAAGGCGUCAGGAUAUCACUACAAUGCACUUACCUGUGAGGGCUGCAAAGGUUUUUUCCGACGUAGCGUUACCAAAAAUGCAGUGUACAGUUGUAAGAAUGGUGGCCGCUGUGAAAUGGACAUGUACAUGCGCAGAAAAUGCCAAGAGUGCAGACUGAAAAAGUGUAAGGCGGUGGGGAUGUUGGCAGAAUGUUUGCUCACAGAGAUCCAGUGUAAGUCGAAGAGACUUCGCAAGAGCGUCAAGCACCAGCCCGCUCUUCGCCCUGACAUCCAAGUGGAAGACGAAGCAGCAGACAGCAACCGUGUGUCACCCACCACCACAUCUGGCAAAGGGGCUCAGGAGAGCGUGGCACUCACUCAAGAGGAACGCCAUCUUCUGAAUGCCAUAGUGACUGCUCAUCAAAAAUCCAUGAUCCCCCCAGGGGAAACAUGCCCGCUUCUGCAGGAGCACUCCAACCCUGGCCUAAGCUUUUUGAGGCUCUCAGAGGCGGCACUCCUCCACAUACAAGGGCUGGUGAAUUUCACCAAGGGACUCCCAGGCUUUGAAAGUCUACCCAAUGAGGAUCAGACUGCACUGCAGAAGGAGUCAGAAGCUGAAGUGCUGUUCCUCCACCAAGCCCAGCUCUGCAGUGCAAAGGACUCAACAUCCAGAAGUCCCGUGAGAUCACCAAAGUCCCCAGCUCGCACACUGGAGGCGCAUGAUGCAAGGGAUGACGGAAACCUUUGUUCUUUGGAAAACUUUUUCAAGGAAGCCCUCUCUCCUUCUGCCACUCUAACUGGUAUUACUAAAGACUUUAUUGCCUCACUGUCUCACUUCUGCAGAAGAAUGAGUGAACUUAAUAUGACAGAUGCCGAAUACGCUCUGCUUAUGGCAACAACAGUGCUUUUCUCAGAUCGUCCCUGCCUUAAAAAUAAGCAGCAUGUAGAAAGCCUACAAGAACCAGUUCUACAGCUUUUGUUUAAGUGUUCAAAAUCGUACCAUCCAGAAGACCCGCAACAUUUCGCUCGCCUCAUAGGGAGGCUUACUGAGCUGAGAACUCUGGGUCACAGCUACUCGGAAAUCCUUAGCGCUUGGCAAACAAAGGACCCCAGGUUGGUUAUGUUCUUCUCUGAGAAAUGGAAUUUGCACUGACUUUACUGAAGACUUAGAGUGUUGAGGUGUGUCUUAAAAUUUCAGAAUCAAAAUUGGAUGACUGAUUAGAAAAAUAUGAACAAAAUCAUCGUGUUAUCAUUCACCCCAUAAAAUGGAGAUCUGAAGGGCCC